UGCCUGCACCAGACAGGGAGGGGGUGGGGAGAGAGGGGAAGAAGGGGAGAGUUAGAGCAGGGCCUAAGGAGGGAGGAGGAAAACGUGGAGAGCGGGAAAGGCGGAGAAAAAGGGCGAAAGAGAGAUGGCAGAAGAAAGAGAGGAGGGAGGGAGUGGACCGGGAUCCUUUACUAGGUUCUCUCUCUGGUCCCACCGGCCCAGGUUAGGGCUGACCAAACCAAACUUUGUCCCAGGGCUGGCUUCCAGGCUAAGGGCACGUAGAGGUCGUAGCCUCCCCAGAAGUCAGGCCUGGACUGGGGGAGAUGGAAGAGACUUAACACUAGUGGGAACAUCACGGUGAAGUGGGCUUCAGCUGCUAUAAAUCAGAUCCAUAAUACCUUCUCCCAGCAGGCUGGACCCAGAACCCCAGGAUCUCCCACCUUAGCCAAGGUGGUGGGCAACCCUGAAUUGGCCUCCAUAUUCCUGAGCAGAGACACCUGUGUGCUAUUGUUCUAGGGAUGGGCCCAGCCUGGGGUGGAUGACUCCACAAAUUUCCAUGUGUUCUGUUCCCACUGGGGCCCUAGAAAUUGCUCAGCCUCUCUUCAUCCUUUGAAAUUUCUGGCUACCUUAAACUAUCUUUUAGCAUUCUCAUUGUGUUGUCCAAACCCAGAAACUUGGCCUUGGUGGACACAGCCUCUAAAGGGGGUCCUCAUUAUGCAGCCUGGUACCAGACCUUGGAUUUGACCACUAACUCAGUUGCCUUUUCCCAGAAAAACCGAAGGUGUAUCAAGGUGUCCGGGUGAAGAUCACAGUGAAGGAGCUGUUGCAGCAAAGGAGGGCACACCAGGCAGCCUCAGGGGGAACCAAUGAACACCACCUCCUGUUUCAGCAGUGGCUGACUGUGCAGUUCUCCCAGUAGCUCAGUGUACGGAAUUGUCCGGAGGCACCAGUAUCCACCUUUCAGAUCCAGUCGCACCAUCUUCUGCAGGAUUGUAUUUUGAGCCUGAAUCAAUGUCUUCCACACCAAAUUAUUUUCAACCCCGAGAAUUUAACACUUGUGUUUCUUGUGAAGAAAAUCCAAGCUGCCUGGACCAGAUCUUUGAUUCCUAUCUUCAGACUGACACACUGUCAGAGCCAUUGCCCAACUGCACGCAAAGUCCUCCACACUAUUUCCCAGACAGCUUCCCGGCCACUCCUUUCUGCUUUAACCAGAGCCUGACCCCAGGAUCACCUUCAGAUUCCUCCACUCUCUCUGGCUCCUUAGACUACAGUUACUCACCGGCUCAGCUGCCUUCAUACCCUCCGGAUAAUUACAGUUCUCCCCCUUCUCUGGACACCCUAAACCAUGGCCAUUCUCAGGAAGACUACUCCUACCAUCAUUUGCCCUCGCAUGCCCAGUACAACUGCUUCCCUGCAGCCACAGCCUCCGUCUGCUACUGUGCAUCCUGUGAGGCGGAGCACUUGGAGGCAGUCAGAACAGCUGAGUACUUCUACCCCAGCACCGACUGCAUGGACUUCGCACCCUCGGCCGCCACUGCCAGUGAUUUCUAUAAGAGGGAAACAAACUGUGACAUCUGCUAUAGUUAAUAGAAACAACACUAAUUUGGAACAUGGCGUGGGUAUAGCUACUUUUCUACCACAUCUAGAUAACACUUUGCAUUAUGCAACCUGUUAACAAAAUAUCACAGACACAGUUUACAUGUCACUGUUUUCAAUUUUCUGAUGCUAAUAUAGGUAUUAAGAUGAAGUCCUCAAACCUGGUCAUAGUACCACGCCUGCUGUACAAAAAAUGUCAACUCACAGUUGACAUUUUUGUAGGGAAUGUUCCAUUGUUUUAUUUUUCUGUAUAACGAACAAAUUCUCUCUUUUUUACUAAUAAAUAAUUUUGCAUUAUUAUUA